GAAUAUACUCGCGGAAAAAAACGUGUUUGGUAUUACAUUGAUAAAAUCUAAAUUACUUCUUGUUACAGCCUAGUUUUUCUAUGUGCCUCUAGGAAUGUUGUCGUGCAGAAGAUCUUGAGAGUUGUCCAUUUCUGGUAAGGCGCAAUAAGCGGGAAGGCGUUGUUUGUUGUUUGUGUGUCGAUCGGCAACAUGGCGUCGUUAUGGUAGACGUCUGAGAUUCUUCCUGCAAAAAUAUCGCUUUCGGAGGCGACAUUAACAAUUGCUCUUAAAAAAUUAAACUUAGCCUUCCGUCUGGUUUUGAUGGUAAUGCAUGCGAGGAAACUACCACGUAUAAGCGAUGGGUUUACUGAGAAGCAUCAGAGCCACAGCACAUAUGAGUCCGCCAAGUACACAAGCAGCAGCAGCGCUGGUGGAGGCGGCGGUGGUGGUGGAGGUAGUGGAGGCACCAAGUACAGGGGAGGAGGAGUGGGUGCAUAUCCUGACAAGAGAAUUGACUCGCCCUCAACAAAUUCCCUUCGCUCAUCAUCGCCUGACUCACGAUCUCAGUCUCCACGCUAUCAUAAAAGCAUCAGUGGCAGUGCCAAUUACUACAAAAGAGAAGCCUACAGAGAUAGAGAAUUCAACUCUAGAGACUAUAGAGAAAAUAGAGAAGGAAGCAGAUCUCCAAAAGAGCGUCGGAGAGAUGGCCGGGAGCGUGAUGCUGCGCAUGUUUCCCGUAGUACAGCAUUGAAGAAGGAGAAUAGCAGCAGCAGCAGUCAGCAGUACCGCGUAGGUGACUGGAGUGAACACGUGAGCAGCAGUGGCAAGCGAUAUUACUACAACUGCCGAACUGAAGUGUCUCAGUGGGAGAAGCCUGCCGACUGGCAAGACUGGGAGCAACAACAACAGCAUGGCACUAGACAUCCUCCAAGUGUAGCUACCAAGAACUCCUCCCAGCAGCAUUAUAAUAACCAACACAAUUCUUCAUCUAAAGGCGCUCCAUACAAUUCAUCUUCGUCUUUAUUGACGGCUAGUAGUAGUAGUAAUAGUAGUAAGGUUCCCUACAACAACCUUGCUAGCCACCCUAAUUCCAAACCUAGUAGUAGUAGUAACUAUAGUAGUCAUAGUGCUAGCACCAACAACAGUGUCUCUUCUUCUUCAUACAAUGCUAACCUUUGUAAAGGUUCAUCAUCUUCUAGUGUAAUUAUGAAUAAUUCUUCUUCGUUAACUCCGACCAAUAUCCAACAUUCAUUAUCUUUAGCACCUUCCACUUCUUCCUCUUCUCACCAUCACCACAACCAGCACCAUCACCCCCACCUACACCAUCACGGGAACAACAAUUCAUCCUCUGGAGGCAACAACACUGGCAAUAAGGACAUCAACAGCCAGCAGAAUCUCAGAGGCAAUAUUGGACAUGACAAAAGUAAGCUCGACAAACAUUCCAAUGUGGACAACAGCAGGGAGCAUUUGUACCGAGGCCAGGACGAGCUGCACGACAAGCGACCGGACCCUCGUAAAUAUCAGGCCGCUGGUCAAGACAUGGACAUCUCAUCUGGAGGCAGCACCCCCACCUCAGAGUCGGUGCUCGGGCGCAGCAAACUCUUACAUCAAAACAGCGUCUUGAACACUAACGUGUCAACGCCUUCCCCUCUACUGCUGCCUGCCACUUGCCUUCCUUCUAACCAUCACCCACAUCACCACCCUCACCACCAUCCCCAACACCACUCAACCACUUCUAGCAACCAUCCAAGACUAGGACCUUAUAGCAACGCUGGUGGAACCAACACCAGUACCACCAAUAGCAAUAUUAACAUCACCGACCUCAGGCACCACCAAUUUGCAAAUAGCAGCAACACUGUGAACGUCUCGUGCCACAACAGUAUCAAUAACAGCUCAGAUACUACAUACAUCAACAACGUAGGUGGCAACAAUAAUAACAAGGGGCAUGGUGACUUGCUCACCAUCAAUACCUCCACCAGUGGGCUGGGUGGGCAGGGGCCACCCACUCCCACACAUUCCGAAACCCACGACAAUUCUGAUCCUCGGAAAGAUGGGAGUGGGAGCAAUGGGCUGGGCAUCAGAGUACCCACUUCAGUGUUGGGAGGAAGCAGUGGGAGCAACACGGCCAGCGUCGGGGUCUCCCUCAGCUCCCUUAACCAGCCUGGCACUUCUGGCUCUCCGUGGACCAGCUCCCUCUCCUCAUCAUUAAGUUCUCAGCGCCCUUCUCACCCGCCUCCAGCCCUCACUCCUUCCCUCACCAACUACUACAACGAGAGCCUCAUCUCCCACGUGCGCGACUGGCCAGCUGAAAAUAUCGAAAAACAGAGUCAAAGGUUGUCAGAAGAAGCACACACAAUGGGCAGUUUGCUCAUGACCAAAGUUUCAGCUGAUCUCAAGAUGGCUCGAUCUCUCGUACGACUUGCUGAGAUACAAGCAACUCUGCACGAACAGAGGUUAUUAUUCUUGCGAGCACAGAAGCGAGAACUGGAGGACAUGGGCUUGAAGAGUCAAAAUAGCUUCCUUAGUGACGGUGCCGGGGGCAACAGCUAGUAACCCACACCAUGUGCAGGACGGGGCUUUCCCCCUUCCUUCUAGGAACUUCAAUCUGAAGAAGUUUUCUCCUCUUCCCGCCAGCCCUUCAUCUCCUGGCAAUUCCACUUCUGCAGGAGCUUAUAAAAUUCCGCCGUCAUUUUGUAAGCGCAUUCGUGGACUCCUCAGCCCAAGAUAUUUACUAUCUGAUGACUCUCGUCAUGUUGCUCGCUAUAUCACAAGCCGUUUGAGUUAUCGUGUAAUUUUUUAUCUCUAUACCGCUUGAGAUGUCGCAUAUUUGCAAUUCUAAAUGCCAUUUUGGCCAUUCAAACGGCUGGCCAUCAAGAUAUUGAUGGCCUGGUGAUGAGUUUCUGUUCGUUUAGCCAAACGGAAGUUCCCUAAAACUGCAAGGUGUUUGGGUGCUCUUGUCAAGAGGUGGCCCAAAACUCACUGUUCUUAUAUAACUAAAGUUUAUGUGAAAAAAUAGUGUCAAUGGUGUUCAUUCAAGUGCCCGUGAUCGUCGAAACCAGAAGAAGUGAUGCAGGCUAUAAAUACUGGUGAUGGUGUCAGCGCCUCUGAAUGCCUUGCUUGUCAGAAAUCGGUGGCUGAAGGUGUAGUGGUCCCUCAUAACCGAAGUAACUACUGGACGCAAAUGUUUGCAUUAAUUCAAUGUACUAAAAAUACUUUGACAUAGAUGCAUUUGUAUUCUGUUGCAACUGUGCUACUGCAAUCGAAUUUGCCAAGUUUUACUAUUAAAAUUGUUUAUUUUCCGUGAAAUUACUGACUAAUUUAAUCAAACUAAUAAGUUUUUGAACGGAACAUUUCUUGAGCUCAGCAGGCUUUCUUCGCAUAGAUGAUAUUUGCCUUGGAAGUACGAGUGGAAUUAACGUAAAUAUAAUUAACUCAUCACGAUUCGAUUGAUGGGUGAUAAGUCAAACAAAUUAUCAUGAAAUAUUUACUGGUGUGAUUCGAAAGCAAAUUGAAGCCUGUAAUUCUAUUAUGAUAAUCUAAUGUACAUGUAGAUUUGCUGCUUGCAUUUCUGAAACUCAAAUUUUCAGUUUCAGUAUUCGUCUUUUCGGCACUAAAUGUCUUGCAGACUUGCAUGUUAAGAAUCAUCACUUCAAUUCAAACCAAAAAUGUUGCUUAACACCUCACUGCCAGGAUUUUUUUGGUAAUAUGUCAAUUUUUUUUCGGUUAGCCAGUUCUUCCUUUUCGCACGUUAAAACUGAUAUGUACUCUCGAGAACAAGAUUUUUGAAAAAUUAUGUCCUCUUAUGCUCUUAACGAUUUCGUUCUCAAGACUGAUACAUCCACUUCCAUAUAUAAUUGAAAUUUAGAUUUUUUUUGACCAUGAGAAAUAACAUUAUUUUGUAUAUGAAUUUGCUAACUCGGUAAUCUUUAUGAAGAUUUAUGUUAGAAAAAUUUGGUUGUUUCUUCUUUUGAAUGAAAACUGUAACAAGCAGUCGAAUGUUGUCAUCUUGCGUAAAUUUAAAAGUAAACCUACCUAUUUACAAUAAAAUUACUGCUAGAGACGAGUUUCAAGCUUCACUUCAAUAAUCAAGAGUCAGCAACCAACCGACCAGAUGGUUUUCUCAUUAGUAAAUUGAUUUCAUUGUUUACUCUGACCAUGUGAAAUGACAUCGGGGCUUGGCAUAUGUUGUUCUAUAUUUUGGCCACAUGUUCACGUAUUUUCCUCAGUUUCUCUACGGUAUUAUAGUGUAAUUUCUAAUAAAUUUGGUGUCUGAUUCUGGUAUUGAAUGUCCGCAAUAUCUUGAUCAAUUGACGUCUUUUCUUGAUCUUGUCCUUCAAUUAUUAGUUCAUUUUAUUCUCUUAGUUUCUUGAAUGCUAUUUAAAGCAAAUGAGAAUUAUAAAAUUAAAGGAAAAAAUUGAAAAUGAUUCGGCCUUUGAGAUUUUAUAAUUUCUGCCGAGUGAUUUUUAAAUACAUCAUUUUCCGAAACGAGAUCGCUAUAAGGAAACUUGAAAUGAUAAAAUUGAUUAGGAAAAUUAUCUUAGGAGAUUAUUUUACAAGUUUGGGAACCCCUGUCCAACAUGUACAUCUUUUGCCAGGCUUCUGAGGUUCUUUAUUUCGGUAUUGAGGAACAAAGUUACUGUCGUUUCAUAAAUCGGUUGCUUGGGUCGUUUCACAAGGUGAUGGACUUACGGCGACAAAAUACCUAGUUUUCAUUCGAAUGAUGUUGUCCCUCUUAACUUAAUCUACAUAAAAUUGUUUACAAAAUGCGUCAUCGUUGUCCAAUGAUAGCCACAUGAGCAGUUACUUGUGCCGUUCUACACUGACAGGAAUAAUCCUUCAAAAAUUUGUCCCUUUUAAGAGAUAUGUUGAAGGGGCUGUAGUGUUCUUGAAUUCUUGGUUAGUUAUUGAUUUAUUUAAUGUUUUACGCUGGCAAUGUUUACGGUGUCUGGUUACCAAUUUUAAGGCUAGGGUGUGAGGAAAACUUAACUCUUGCAUUGAGAUUUUGUGUUCAGUUAACAGGAAAGUUUGUAUGAUACGUUCUUAUUUAUCCAUAACCUGCUUCAGGUUAUGUAUAGACAUAACAUGCUUCAUUAAUCUAGCCCUUUUCUCAUUUAGAAUGUUCAUUUUGCAAUUCUAGAACUCAUGCGGCGACUCUUUGUACCAGAUCAUAAUUUUAAAUUGUUAGGGCUCGGAAUUCGCUGAUGAUAAUCAUUCCUUUAUCUGAGGGUUUUCACAUGUACUAAUUAUGGUAUACACUUUUAUGGAUUCGUGGUGAAUUCUCUGCUUAGAAAUAAAAUGAAAUUUGCUGGUGAGGGUGACGGCCAAGUUUAAGUUGUGCGUGAUAUCUCUAGUGUUGAAACUUUGGCUUGUUGUUGUCAAAGGUAAAAUUCGUUGACUGUUGAGAGAUAUAUAGAUGAGGAGAUGGCUGCAUGUAUGCUGUUUCGUUUUCCUCAAAGUGACCUACACUGUCUUGGUAAAUUCUAAUGCGUUGUGGCAAAGUUGCUUUUAAAAGACUUUUAACAAUGAAACUCGUGAUGGGUAAAUGUGCUUAUCGAUGAUUGGUGCAAAUUGAUAAGUGAUUGCGGCAAAUUGAUAAGUCAUCUGCUGCUGAUGAUGACUGAUAAAACUGAUGCUGUUGAUGAGUUUUGUUGAUAUUUUUGUCAAUACCUGUUUUGCUGCUGUUUUGACGAUGUUUCUUAUAACUAUCAGUUACCUAUGAGAGAUAGCUGGUGAUCCCUCGCUGUUACUAGCAUUCUAGUUAACUAUAGCUACUGCAUUAGGUAGGUGCCUCUUAUAUGUACAGGCUGUAAUUGUCUAAUUAGGUUUCAUUAAUCUAGUUUAGUAGUCACUGGGAACUAAACAAACUCUUUGAGGAGAAAAAAUAAAGACCACGUGGUGUGGGAAGAAAUAUAAAUGACGUACAGAAACUUGUGUUCUCUGUCUUUUACUACCUGGUGACCGACAGACCUUUGUGUGUGUGCUAGAAGUGAAUGUAAAGGAACUCAUGUUGAUUAUUUCUAUUGCAACUGAACGAUCGUCCUUGGCGAUUGUUGAUUUUACGCGUCUACCAGCAAACCACCAAAUUCGUAACUGCUUAAUAUUUUUUAUCCAAAGCUCAUGACGGGGCAUUGCUGUAUUGUGGAGUAGCAUCUGCUAUUGUCAAACAAAGCGAAGUUGAAUGGAUGACCAAUUGUGACGGAAUAUAUUGAUUGGUGUUAUACUAGCUCCACCUUAGAAUUUCUAAGAGUGCUUUGGUCAUAACAGUUUUAAUAUUUUGUGCGUUGCUUGCGAUUUAUUCUGGAAGUACAUCAAUUUCAGACAUGGUUCUCGAAAGAAAAUAAGUGCUCGUUUACUUGCGUCGUGAGAAACGUUGAAACAAAUUGAGUCUUGAAGUGUUUCUGCCGAUCUAUUUGCCUUCAUAGAAAUGGAGCAUAUGAUCACCCCUCACGUUAUAAUCUUGCCAAAAAGGUUUUUCCACUGUGUGGUGCUCUGUAUUUCCAAUAUCGAUGUGUUGACUUGGUUGAAAAUCGACUUGUCCUGUAACCGUUAAUUUGUCAUCCAGCGCUUUUACCUGUAAAUCUGCCCAUUAUUAUGGGUAUCUUGAGCUUUGAUUAAUUGUUUAUUGGUAGUUACCCUGGCUGAUUCAUGUCACUGUGUAUUUCGUCUAGAAGUUUUGAUUAUGUUCUGCCUAUAAUUAUUCUCGUAUCUGCCUCUUCUCUCACGUAAAUUGCUGUAGCUCCUUCCAUGUGGAACGCAAGUGGCCGUUGGGAGCAAGUCAAGGUUGUUGGUGCAUUUUUUUUCUGGUCGACCGAGUGUUACACGUAUUUGUAUUGUUGUCUUUCAUUCUCUAACCCUCUCUCUUCGAAAAUCAUUUUAAUGUCCUCGCUCGUUUUGUAAUGCAGUGUAGAAAAAAUGUGUUCUUCUAUUGAAGGUGGAUGGAAUUUAUUUCAUAUUGUUUUCUGUUAUUUAACGCUGUUUUACGGUGAAUUAAGUAGCUUGUGUUUCUGGAAAACAAUGUCACAGUCUCGGACCGUUUGCAACAAAUCGGCUUUACCGACUAUACUGGAUUUCGGUUAUGGCUGAUUUCAAGAAAUUGGUUAUAGUGGAUUUUUACUUACCACAUCAACUUUAUAUUGACCGACUUCAAAUACUUGAUAAUGGCCAGAAUUGAAAUGUCCUGCAAAUUUAUUAUUUGGUGCUUUGAUUUUUUUAAUUACCAAUGCAUGUCAAUGGUCGUAACACCAACCUAUCAUUCAGAAUCAUCCAACUUCAAUGUUGCUGAUGAAUCCACUUCAAAUUUUGUAUUCUGCAAACUUGUAUUCAAUUUCAGUUGACACUUCUCAUUAUUACUGUGCGAGAGUGAGGCUUCAAAUCUACCUUCUUUGGUUCAUUGGUGCUCAGAAUUUUUUAAUUAAUUACAAGGAAAUGACAACUUUCAUGAAACGGAAACAUACAAACCAUAAGCAGCUGCUCAUCUUCCCUGAUUGAUUCUAUUUGUUCUUUAAUUAUGUGCGUCGUAAUUAGCUGAACAAUAAACUAAACUUGAUGACAGUCACUCAAUAUUUGCAACAAGAUUCUUUUGAGUUUUUCGUGCUCAUUUGUUUGACGAAAUGUUAUAAGCCGAGCGUCGUUCCACUGUAAUCGUUUUAGUAAUUAAUAAUUGUCAAGUCUUGCCUUCCUCUGUAUAUCUUUUAUAUGGGAAAAUAACGAGAAGACGAAGAACUCUUCUGAACUGUUCAGUUCGUGUUUCAGAAUAAGAAUUAUUUUCGCGUGUUGUCCAGUUGCCUUAACUGCGUGAGCGCGUUUGAGAUCGACAUUUCAUUCAAUACUUACGAUUACCGUGUUUUAGGAAAUGAAAUAAGUGUUAUUUAAGGUUUUCACUUCGUUGAUCGUUCGCCUCAAAAAUAAUUUAAUUAAUCAAAGAACGUUCGCCUCAAAUAUUUUAAUUAAUCAAUGGGUGUCAGUCUACGUACGAUACUCUGAGUCCCGGAUUUGUGAUUAUCUUGAGCUUGCGUGGCAGUAAUUUGCUAAAAUGUUUUUCUAUUGUUACUUGUGCUGCGCUGCCAUACGAUGCUUCUUAUAAAUUCUCAUUCUUGGUUGCACUUGAAUUUUCUUUUGUCAGUCCAUUUAAUCCUAAAUGUUAAAAAUCAUGAUGGAUUUAUGUUUUUUAUCGAGCAAGAUUUGAAGAGUUUGCUUUAGAGUUUGAGAAACUGCCGCAUGCUUGUCGCUAUGUGUUUUGGUUUGUUGUAGUUCUCGUGAAGUGCUGCGGUGUGUUUCGAAUUUCCCUGUUCGUAUGAUAUAGUGAAUCGCUCGUCUCUUCUUUCUCAUUUUUUCUUUCAAAUAAAUAUCUUUGCAUAGAACACUGCGAAAAUCGCUGGUAAAUACGGUGGUACAUGAUUUAUAUUGGUGUAGCUCUUAUGUUUUGCCAAAAUGAGCUUCGAAAUUUAAGCUAAGUACUGUUAAAAUGACGUAAUUUUGUCGUUCACUGGUAGGUAGACAUUUGACUUGAUGGAAGCUUUGUUUGGUUUAGCUUUCCAUGAUUUAAUGGUUGCCUCAUCCGGGGCCUACAGUGACAUUUACUGUGGUUCGUUAUUACCGACAAUGCUCUGGGCAAGUGAUCCUGUUUUGAAUUUCAGUUCAUGUUUAAUUUUGCACGUGAAUUUCUCCGUCGUUACAGGACGUUUUGUUGCUCUAAGGUGUAGUGAUUCUUUCACAUUAUUCCCUCCUCAUAAUAUAUCAAUUUAAAGAAACUGUAGCUGGAAAUUUUAUUUCAGUUUGAGCAUCAAAAAUUAUUUUAUUUAUCAACGGAUAAAAUGUUCCUUUGCUUAGUUCCUUCAUGCAUUCAGUUCGCAAAAUAAGAUUAGUUUUAUUUUGUUAUUAAUUUUUUUAUCUUCUACUUUCUAAAUUUAUUAUGGAUGUAUGAAUGCGUCUGUAUGUAUGGACAGACCAAAGCAUUUUGUAGGUAAAAUGGAAAGGUAUUUCUUCAGGGAGAGAAGGCUAUGAAUUACGAGGUAAUUUCGAUGUGAUGUAAAAAGUUUACACCCGACCAACUGUUGCCUGCAGCGUACAGGUCUUGGGUGUGGUUCUUUGUACAUAGCUUUUGCUGUCUAUUGUAUGUAGGUAUUUUACAAAUGCCCCGGUCAUAAAACUUUGGUUUACAUUGAUUCAUUUCUAUAAUUAUAGUAAUUAUUAUUGUU